AUGUCUCGUGAAGCCUACCAGGUGCCCUCUAUGGGCACCCAGAACGCCUUUGGCAAUGAGGGCAGCGGGUUCAACUCCAUGGCCGUCGACAGCCCCUCGGUCGUCUAUCUCUGCGGCGAGUGCUCCGCGCGCGUUCCCCUGAAGCGCGGCGACCAGAUCCGCUGCAAGGACUGCGGUCACCGUGUGCUGUACAAAGAGCGAACCAAGCGCAUGGUUCAGUUCGAAGCUCGGUGA